AUGGAGGUGAUGAAGAAGAUGGCCCAUGAGAAAACCCUCUCCUCACUCUUUUAUUAUCUUCUGUUUUGCAUAAUAUGCAGUGUUUCCCUUAUUCCCACUUCCUCCUUUGUAUCAUCAUCACCUACUCUCUACUCAAAUGAAACCGAUAGAAUUGCUCUUUUAGAGUUUAAACACCGGAUUAUUUCUGCUGAUGAUCCGAAUGGAGGAGUAGUUCUUAACUCCUGGAAUGACUCUGUGCACCAUUGUGGUUGGCACGGAGUGAGGUGUGGUCGUCGACACCCACGAGUUGUGGCGUUGAGGCUUCCUAAGAUGGGGUUGGUGGGAACCAUAUCUCCUCAUAUUGGAAAUCUCACUUUCCUCAGGCUUCUUAAUCUCAGUGAGAAUAAUUUGUAUGGUGAAAUUCCAGGAGAGAUUGGUGGUUUGUUUCGACUAAGAUCUCUCUACCUGUAUAGGAAUGCACUGAGGGGAGAACUGGUUUCGCUUAAUUUUAGCAACUGCUUACAACUUAGGGAACUCGAACUUUCUAACAAUGGCCUCCAAGGGAAGAUCCCUACUGCAUUCCUAGCUAAUUUGAAGAAGAUACAACAACUAUCUCUGGGUAGCAACAGAUUGACAGGUGGAAUUCCUCCCACCACUUUUGGGAAUUUGUCAUCACUUCGAAAGUUGAGCUUGGAGUGGAAUCAUUUGGAGGGACGUAUUCCGCAUGAUAUUACGCGGUGUUGGGGUUUAAAUAUCCUUUCUCUUGGUUCCAACAAUUUCACUGGUACACUAUCUCCUUCUUUCUUCAAUAUGACUUCUAUACAAAUUUUUUCAGUAUCCCAAAACUCACUUGAAGGGACCAUUCCAAGCUAUAUAGGAGACACCAUGCCAAACUUGAAAGUCUUUUAUUUUGACAUUAACCAAUUCCAUGGAACCAUCCCUAUUUCAUUUACCAACACCUCUAAGCUUCGAAUUCUUGACGUAUCACAAAACCAUCUUGUAGGUAAAGUUCCAGAUAAUAUUGGAAGGUUAAAAGAUCUUCUACGUUUGAACCUUGAGCACAAUCUUCUUGGUAGCAAUGAUCCCCUCAAUGACUUGACUUUUAUAACAUCUCUGUCCAAUUGUAGUAAUUUAAAGGUCUUUUCCAUUGAUAAAAAUAGAUUUGAAGGUAAAUUGCCAAACACAAUAGCUAACCUCUCUUCCAAACUCUAUAUCUUAUCUCUGGGAGAGAAUAAGAUAUUUGGUACAAUACCCGGAGGAAUAAAAAAUCUAGUUAGCCUGAUCGCUCUCGAGAUUGGAGUCAAUCUAUUAUCCGGUAAUAUUCCUAGUGAGAUAGGUGAAUUGCAUAAACUACAAGUUUUGAAUCUUGCAGAAAACCAAUUAUAUGGAAAAAUGCCACUCACUCUUUUUAACCUUACUUCUCUAGCUUCACUUGUUUUGUAUAACAACAAUUUUGAUGGCAAUAUACCAUCAAAUGUGGAAAACUUCAGGAACUUGAAUGAGUGGUACAUGAGCACUAACAAACUACAUGACACCAUUCCUCAACAAGUUUUUAAUUUGCUAUCUUUGUCUGAGUGCCUUGACCUUUCCAGCAAUUCAUUCACUGGCCCGUUAUCUCCCACUGUGGGCAAAUUGAAAACACUAAAUGCCUUAGACAUCUCUAGGAACAAAUUGUCAGGCGAAAUUCCAGAUACAAUUGGAGAUUGUGUGAGCCUUGAAUAUCUUGAUAUGCAUGGUAAUUUCUUUGAAGGUAAAGUCUCACCUUCUUUGGUUUCCUUAAAAAGCAUUAUGUAUUUGGAUAUCUCAAACAACAAGUUGACUGGAGAGAUACCUAGAGAUCUCCAAAAGCUCCCUCUCUUGAAAUAUUUGAACCUUUCUUUCAAUGAUCUUGAGGGGGAGGUACCAACAUUUGGAGUGUUUGCAGUGGCGACCAAUGUAUCAUUGCUUGGAAACAAAAAGCUAUGCGGUGGUAUACCUGAGCUAAAUCUGCCUCCAUGUCCUGUGAAGAAAACAAAACACAGAAAGCAUUUUAAGCAUAUGAUUGUUAUCUUCACAUGUAUCUGCUUGGCUCUGGUGUUUGCAUCUUUCAUUGCCUUUCUAACAUUGUGUUGGAGGAAAGGAAAAAGGAUGGAGUCAGCUAAGCCAUCCAAAGUUGAAAAGCUUUCCAAAAUCCCUUAUAGAGACUUGCAUCAAGCUACUGAUGGUGGUGGAGAACAAACAAUUGCGGUGAAGGUACUUGACCUUUUAAAAAAUGGAGCUUCAAAGAGCUUUCUUGCAGAAUGUAAAGUGUUGAGGAACAUACGCCACCGAAAUCUUGUUCCAAUUUUGACUUGCUGCUCGAGUUGUGAUUUUGCAGGUAUUGAAUUCAAAGCUUUGGUUUAUGAGUUCAUGGAAAAUGGGGAUUUGGAUAUGUGGUUGCAUGCACAUUCAUCUAAUGCAAGGACAACCGUUCUAAGUGUUCUCCAAAGGUUAAACAUUGCAAUUGAUGUAGCUUCUGCAUUGCAUUAUCUCCAUGAUGAUUGUGAGCCAACGGUUAUUCAUUGUGAUCUAAAGCCAAGUAACAUUCUGCUUGACAAAGACUUAACUGCUCAUGUUGGCGACUUUGGUAUAUCAAGACUUUAUUCACGCACAAUUAGAGAUCCAAUUGGUGAACAAAGUAGUACCAUUGGAUUAAAGGGGUCAAUUGGUUAUGUUCCACCAGAGUACGGGAUAGGAGCAAAGACAUCAACUUUUGGAGAUGUGUAUAGCUUUGGAAUCCUUUUGUUGGAAAUGUUCACAGCUAAGAGACCCACAGAUGGUUUAUUCAAUGGUGAAUGUAGCAGUCUUUGUGAGUAUGUGGAGAUGGCUUUGCCAGAGGAAGUGAUAGAGAUUGUAGACCCAUCACUUUCAGCAUGCCUAGAAAGCAGUCAUGGAAUAAUAUCGGAUGUAGAGUUGGGGAAUGAUGGUAAUUUGGUGGAAAUUGAAGAGAGCAAGGUGCAUAACUUCUUCCUCUCCAUCUUCAAAAUUGGUCUCAAUUGUGCUUCAAGAUCACCAAUGAAUCGCAUGCAUAUGAAUGAAGUGAGCAAGGAAUUACACAAGAUUAGGAAGGCCUUCUUUGCAUAAAAUUAUGCAAACAUGUCUUCUGAUCUAGCAAUGUUUCCACUGCUGAACUAGCAAUU